ACUCUCUUUUUAAACCUGCAAUGUCACCGAAAGGCGCUCAGAGAACUUGAUCUUGACCACUUGAAUUCAACAGCAGCAGCAGAAGCACCUGAGUCACACUCAAAGAAGAUUUGCACUUUUCCCUACCAAGCCUGGACAGUUCAACCAGUCAUCAACUUUUUUAAUUAGCUUUUUGUAUUUUUGCACUUCAUCCCACUUUUUUUCCUUUUGGGGAUAUUAACGUCACUGAAUCAGUGCAAUAUCACCCAAGCCACUUUCAACUCUGCCUCCAUCUCACCAGAGCGGGUGAAGCGACAACCUUAGCCCGGAGAUGGGCUCCCCUCUCCCCCUUACGUUAUGUUGCAUCAGCCUGGUGUGCUUCCAAUUGCUGUUGGCAGAGGAGCUCUUCAGCUUGGACCAUCUCAACAAGCUAAUCCUCUCCGAAGAGGAUCUAACGUUGGUUCCUGGGGCCCAAACCAACGUCGGCAGUUCCUUCAUGAAAUGGCCCCUCAGGCACCAGAAGCUUUCUAAGGCGAGAAGAAGCAACCCCAGUCUGGCAUGGGCGAGACCCGCCGAGCGUUUGGGGUUCCACGGGAGUCCGCCGAGGGCCCGUCGCCACGCCCACCCUGGCACCCGGGCCCACCACUACCCCCACCAUGUCCAGCUGAUGCGAGUGGGUUGUGUACUGGGAACCUGCCAAGUACAGAACCUCAGUCACAGGCUUUAUCAGCUUAUCGGCCAGAGCGGCAGAGAGGACUCGUCGCCUAUUAAUCCAAGGAGCCCCCAUAGUUACGGAUGAGUGACCCCACUCGGCCCCCACUCCCCAGAAAUCUAUAUCUUUCAAUGUAUUAGUCUGAUAUUACAGAACGCAUCACCUGGAUCACUGCUGUGCCUCUUUACUUUUUAAGCUAAUUGUUCAAUUUAGCAUCACGCAGUUAAGUGAUAACAUUUGCCUUUUUUCAUCCACGGACAACCUAAGCAACCUCAGUCGGACUCCUAAUGUAAGGGCAAAGGAUUGUCUUCGGCUCAAUCCUGUGCCUCGCUGAUCAAACACCCCGAAUUUUUGAUUCAGCCUUAAGAUAGUUUUAAGAUAUGAGAUAUACUCAAAACGAAUUUUCGUUCAAACGGAUGUAAUGCCACUCCAGUGACUUGGGUGGCGGUAAUGAGCAUUGGAAAACAGUGGAGUUAGCGACAGAAGAAAUUGGAGCGUGUUAAAGUGAGAAAAUGAAGGGUGGUAAUUCAAAUACAGAAAAAAUAAUUUAAAUACAAAACUAAUGAAAUCCAAAAAUAUAUAUCCUCAUUUAUGCUUGCAAUUAAAUGUAUGACACAGGUCAUAAUACGGCCCAGAAUCAAAAACUUUUAUUCAUAUUCCGCACGUAGCACAGUGUGGAAAUAUUAGUCCCUUUCACAUGACUCCUAAGUUCUCCCCACAAGUCAGGACUUUGUGGUUGACGGCAGUUUAUUAAGGCUGACCUAAUCUUUGCAGUCAUAUGCGGCAACAGCGGGGAUUUGCUUUCAAAAAUAAAUAUGAGCAGAGCGUGUGCCUACCACACACUUUUACACAAGGCUCCAAUUCAAAUGCAGUGUUUCACAAAUUACCUGGCAAUACUUGAUAAACGGAGGGAUUUACUGUACAGGUUCAGAUUUUUCUUUUUCUUCUUCAGUCCGGCCCCAAUAUUCUCUUGUGUUUUCCCAACCGAUUUAAUCUGGAUACAUUUCCCAAGGUUGUCUUUGGGCUCAUGAGGAAACAGGGUAAUACUCCCCGGUUCACUAGUUUUAAGUCUAAUCUGCUCAAAGGCUUGCUUAAGGUGAAACAUGACAAUCUGUCUGGUGUAAUUGAGUUAAUCGAUGUCCCAUGAUAGAUUGUUAUUAAACUUUUGGGAACACCGGCAACCCUUUUGGUGGAUCUCUGGAAGCUGUUGCGCAAUGUGUGUGUGAGCAUGUGUGUUUGUGUUAUUUCUUAUCUCAUGUUUGACUAGCGUCACAGAUCAUUGUGCGAGGAUUUUUUUUUGUUGUCGCUUUUGUGACGUCGGCGACUAUGUCACGUCUGGUGUGCAGGCUCUGCUCUCUCUUUCUCACAGGACUCUAUCUUCUGAAAAUACUCACAUCUGGAUUGUGAACACCUUAUCACAAAUGUAGUUGUUUUUUUGUAAAUGUCCCGAUUGACAGUCAGCGCACUCCAAGUAGCGACGGGGUUGACUGUGAAAUGCCGUAUGUAAAUAAACGCCUUCAAAUUAUUUAAGUCACGUAUUUAAAUUAUAUUUAUGUGUUCAUACGUGUUUGUCGCCAAAGAGUUUUUUUGGGUGUAUUCUUGUUUUCGCCUUAAAAACCUGAUACGAUGAUAGAAAUGUACAAUUUCUUCAUGUUCACUAUGGUGUGUAAAAUAAAGAGCUAUAUUGUACUGCA